AUGGAUGUUGCUGAAGUUAAAUCACGAGAUUACCCUCCAAGACUUUACCCUGAAGGGUCUUCUAACCUGGAAAAAAAAGAUAUUAAUCACAAUUUCCGUCUAGGAACUUUCCCCCACAUUAGAGAAACAAUUGGACUUGAUGUGUGGGAAGAACUGGUGAACUCUCCCAUUGGAGUAGUUGCUAGGCUAGCUGGACGCGAAAGCGUAUGGUCUGGUAGGACCGUACACUAUCUACUAUGUAGACAGCUGCGAGUACAUAAGAAGGAGAUAUGGUGUCUCGUGGUUGAUGAGGCUAUCAGGUUUAGCUUGCUCGAGUUUGGUGAGAUCACUGGGUUAAACACAGGUCCAUUGCCAACAGAAAGCCAUGGGUCGUAUCCAUGGAGUCAGACUGCGUACGAAGUUCUCAUUGACUCUAUUAAACCGUUGGCUCCAGAAGGAGGGCCAUACACAAUAAGCGGCAUAACCGUCGCGUUAUUGAUUUGGGCGUAUGAAUCCGUCGCCUGCUUCAGUGAGAAUUUUGGGAGGGUGGUGAAUAAUGAAGACGUUCCGCUUUUGCGAUGGGAUGGAAAGCGUACACGUGCAAGUUUUGAUAACUUGGCUGCCGAAAUCAAAGAGCAUGGCGAGGUGCGUGUGAGGAGAAUGGUUUUGAAGGACUCAAUUGAAGAGAUGUUUCCUAAAUGGCCGGGUGAACCUGGCGACCCACAACUCGUUAGCUUGAUAACAGACAUACAUGCAGGUAGAUUUGUGAAAGGUUUUUGGGAAGUGCAUGGGAAUACGCAGGGUAAUGCGCAGGGUAAGGGGAAUGAGAAGAAGAAGAAAAUGAAGGGUGGAGUUUCGUCAGAAGCUGAGCCACCCACGAAGAAGCAGAAGAAAGUUAAGACACAGAAUGAGUAUGAAGUUGCUGCAGCGGGAAAGGGUUCUAGCGAGAAGGAAGGUAGCAAAGAUUUGGAGUUGGAGAACAAAGCGACUCUGAGGACCAUUGAGAGUACUCUGGAUAAUAUUUCCAGGAAAUUUGAGCAAUUUGACUCACGGUUGGAAGCUUACGAGUUAGACCGGAACAGACCAUUGAUGGACCAAAAGACCAUUGAUGACAACGUGAAAGCUUUACUGGAGGAGCGUAUGAAAGUUAUGGGAGUUGGGAAAAUUCCCGAAAACAAUGAUAACCCCUCUCCACCAUCAGCUGAUAAAUCUUUAACGUUGGCAUCACCGCGGGUUCAAACGCAGCAGAAGUCUGUCAAUAGUACAACGUUAGCUGCAACUCCUGGUAAGGUUUUUGGGCCGAAAAAGAAUUUGGCGAAGGAGCUUGAUAAGGAAUCAGGGGUGAAAAGGACUUUGGCUGAGGAGUUUGGUAGUGUCGCUAAAGCUACUGAUCUUGAUAGUCAACAUGUUGAUUUCGUAUUAGUUUCUCCUUCAAAGGCUACUAAGGAUGAUAAGGAUGCUAAGGUUCCAGCCUAUGGACGCGGCUGCAGGGGCAAUCAUAUUGUUAAGGGUAAGGAAGCCGAUGAGAAGAAAAAAGCAGCGCAUGCAGAUGCUACGUUUAACAGGAAGGAGAAGGCUGAGGCUAAGAAAAAAGCAGCUGAGGCUAAGAAAAAAGAGGCUGAAGCUAAGAAAAAAGAGGCUGAGGGUAAGAAGAAAAAAGAGACUGAGGGUAAGAAGAAACAAGAGGCUGAGCGUAAGAAAAAAGAGGCUGAAGCUAAGAAAAAAGAGGCUGAGGGUAAGAAGAAACAAGAGGCUGAGGGUAAGAAAAAAGAGGCUGAGUUAAAGAAGAAACAAGAGGCUGAGCUAAAGAAGCGAAAACAGGCUGAGUCAAAGAACAAAGAGGUGACUCCAUAUGGCAUAUGGAGAGGACAGUGUAUUUGA